AUGGAAUGUGUUGAUAUGAUAAUGGGCUCAAUUCGAGAAGGGAAUUUGCUGCAUAUUGAAGAUUUAUAUUCACGAGAUAUGAGUAGUCCUCUUCGCGAUUCAUUGCUGGAUGGAGAGGAAUCGUUGAGUGCCGCAUACGGAUUACAAACUGGAAAUAGAAGUUUAUUAAUGUUUCGAAGACUUAUAUCAGAAAUCGAACCGACUGAUCAUCCACUUGGUCCGGGAAAAAUAUUUUUGCUAUACGCAAAAGGGGAGUCAAAAAUUGGGCGUGAUGAAAAAUUUAAAUCGGAAAAUGAUUAUCAAUGGAAAUAUCAUGGGAGUGAAUCCACAAAUCGAGGCCACAUAGAAAUAGAAUUUGUCAACCAAAGCCAAAUGAACCAAAUCCGCGUUCCUCUAAUCCAUUUUGAUCAUUCAACAGAAAAUAGGCAUAAUAACGAUGGAAAGGAUCCAAACAUAACGACCAAUCAUCCAAUGGAAAAGCAUCUACAAAAAAAUGGAAAAAUAUUAAUGAAAAAUCCAACCUCUUCUUCAAAUUUCUCUUCAUUUGUUGCCAAUGAACAUCUUAUUGUUGAUAUUCCAACCGCCGUAGUUGCCUCAAAAAGUCUCGAAGUUGAAAGACAAAACGAAGAUGACGAUAUUUCAUCAAUUGAACGAGAAAAGGACGUACAAGAUGAAAAUGAACAAAAUUCAUCAUCCUCAUUACCAUCCAUAUUAAAAUUCGAGAUAAUUAGAAUUCUGGUUUCGACAUUUUUAAUGGUAAAUUUAAUUGUUUAUAUUAUUUAA